CAACUACUGCAUAUGUUAACAAAAAAUAUACACUAUUGUUGGCAGGGGUUUACUGAGAGCUACAUACCCAAAGAACGCAUAAUUGUAAGGGUUCUCGCGUCAAAAAAAAAAUAAAAAAGAUAAAAUACUAGCAGUAGUAUAAUAUAUUUUAGUAUAAUAUAUACUAUAAUUUGUGGCCUGCACACCUACCUAGCUAGUAGUACCCAGUGUAGAAGUCUAGAUCCUAGUAGGUAGGCUAGGUUCAUUUUCAUUUCCUAUGUCUGAUAAAGCCUGUUUUCCAACUUGUCUAAAUAAACACAACAUAAACUCUCUCUCUCCUCUCUAUAUAUAUUGGCAUCAAGACUAGCUACCAUUUGGUGGUGCCUUCCAAAGUUCCAUUAAUUGCACAGAAGUUUUAAAGUUGCUCUCAUUUUUCAACUUCUACACAACAACAAGCUAGCUAGAGAGAACCUAAUCAAACCAAACCAAACCAAACCAAGCCUAUGUCCAUGGCUGGAGGUUUUUGGAUUGCCUUGUUAGUUGGUUUUGUUGGAUCUUUGUUGGGAAUCAUUGUAAACCAUUUCUUGCCUUUGUUCCUCAAGUUUGGUCUUGUUCCUAAAGGGACUUUUGGGUGGCCUGUCCUUGGUGAAACACUUUCUUUUUUGAAGCCUCACCCUUCCAACUCUACUGGCACCUUUCUUCAACACCAUUGUUCUAGGUAUGGGAAAGUGUUCAAAUCCCAUUUGUUCUUCUCUCCCACAGUGGUGUCAUGUGACCAAGAGCUGAACUACUUCAUACUACAAAAUGAAGACAAGUUAUUCCAGUGCAGCUACCCAAAGCCCAUCCAUGGAAUUCUUGGGAAGAUUUCAAUGCUGGUGGCAGUAGGUGACACUCACAAGAGGCUUAGAAAUGUGGCUCUCUCCCUAGUCACCACCACCAAAUCAAACCCUCAGUUUUUAAAUGACAUAGAGAGGACAGCCAUUGACAUACUUGAUUCAUGGAAACAUAAACACCAAGUCACCUUCUGUGAAGAAGCUAGAAAGUUUACAUUCAAUGUAAUAGUAAAGCAAGUGCUAGGUUUAACACCAGAUGAGCCAGAAACUGCAAAAAUUCUUGAAGAUUUCCUCACUUUUAUGAGAGGACUGAUUUCUAUUCCACUCUAUAUUCCUGGGACUCCAUAUGCAAGAGCUGUUAAGGCUAGAACAAGAAUAUUUUCCACUGUCAAAGCAAUUAUAGAGGAAAGAAGAAGAAAUGGUGGAAAAUCUAACAAAAGUAGUAGUGAUUUUCUGGAGAUACUCCUAUGUGUUGAUACCUUAUCUGAAGAUGAAAAAGUUAGUUUUGCUUUGGAUUCUCUUUUGGGUGGCUAUGAAACUACCUCUCUCUUAAUGUCCAUGCUGGUGCACUUCCUUGCUCAAUCACCUACUGCACUUCAACAAUUAAAGGUGGAGCAUCAGAACAUAAGAAACCUGAAGAAGAAAGAUGAGUUUUUAAACUUGGACGAUUACAAGAAAAUGGAUUUCACACAAAAUGUCAUUAAUGAAGCUCUUAGAUAUGGGAACGUUGUCAAAUUUGUGCAUCGAAAGGCUCUCAAAGAUAUCAAAUUUAAAGGUUAUCUAAUUCCAUCUGGUUGGAAGGUCCUACCAGUUUUCAGUGCGGUUCAUUUAGACCCUUCUCUACAUGCAAGUGCUUUCGAGUUUCAUCCUUGGAGAUGGGAGAGCCAAGAUCAAACAUGCAAGAAAUUCACUCCAUUUGGUGGAGGGUCCAGAUGCUGCCCAGGAUCUGAACUUGCUAAGGUGGAAGUCGCAUUCUUUCUCCACCAUCUAGUACAGAAUUUCAGAUGGAGUAUUGAAGAUGGGGACCAACCCAUUGCAUAUCCGUACGUAGAGUUUCAAAGAGGAUUGACACUAAAAGUGGACCACUGUUCCAAGUGAGCCUCCAUUUUUGACGUCUAAGGUUGAAAAUGAUACCCAUCAAAUUGAAGUUUUCCAUAGAAGCACCACUAAUGUUUUAUGAUCGAUCAUCACUCUUUUCAGAAUCAGAUGGAUUCCUAUGCAGAAAUUCCUUGGUAAUGAGAGAGGCUUCACUAUAUAUGUAAAAUUAAUUUCUGUAAGCGUUGUAAUUUUAAUAUUUGCUUCUCCACAUAAACAAUAAUCAGGAGAAUUUCCGUCAUGAAA